CUACAAUCCUUCCGUUUAUGAAUAAUUGGUCAGUUUUUAAAAGAGGUCCAGAGGGAGGCCGAGCGGCAGAGUGAAGGACUGGUAAACAACAUCCCGACACGCGCACGUCACCAUGAAGGUCCUGGCCCUGGUUUUCUCCGCCCUGCUGGCUGUGGCGGCAGGUGAGACGUGUACGGGUCCCCAGGUGGAUUCCACGGGCUUCACCUCGCAGGACGCCACCAUCGUCACCAAGAUCGCCUACAUUGCUGACUUCACUCUCUCAUGCUCCAACGGUGCCAAGGAUGUUUCUCUGUACGCCGAGACUGUUGACGGCAUUGUGGGAGUGGCGCGCUCUGUGGACGGCAGCAAGUACCAGGUGAGCUGGGUGGAGGACGUGGCCACGGCAGUAUCUGGGGAGCGGCUCAUCAAGCUGUACGAUGACCAGGGAUACGCUGCCCUCAGGAAGGCUCAGCGCGGGAAUGAAGACACCUCCACUGUGCAGCCCAUUGCCACCAUCAAGCUCUACCACCCUGGUGCAUACCGAGGGCCGUGGAUCCAGUCCGAGACCAUGGCCAUUCUCGGCGCUAUCUUCAUCUACUACUAUGCCCUCACCCAGAAGACCAGACUAAUGGCCUAAGGAUAUGUGGUAGUGCCUCUGUGUGAAUGAGUGGGUGUGGGUGUGUACCUCUGUGUGUGUGUGUGUGUGUGUGUGUGUGUGUGAAUGACCAUGUAUUGUGAUUUUGUACCUUUGUGUGAGCUGAAGGGGAGUGGUGUCGUUCCUCUUUGCCAUUGUUUGUUAAAUGUACCUUAGAAUGGAUUCUGUGUGUGUGUGUGUGUGUGUGUGUGUAUGUACAUGUGUCUGUGUGCUUCUGUGUGGACUGGUGUCAUAAGUCAUCACAUUGCUUAACUAUUUUUUUCCAACAUGAUUAAGUACAAUUGAAAAGGAAAAGACAACAAAAUCAAUCCAGUUAUAACUAAAAAAUUAUUACCUAUUUUCUGCAGCAAAGGGUUUUAUUUAUUUGUCACUUGGGUUUUCAGUACAACCAGACUUUUGUGCAGCAUUCCUGGUGUACCCAGAUCCUUGCUGGGCUCAAAGGUCUUGCCUCGUGCAUCUCAUACGCAGACGUGUUUCCUGGAUGUGAAUAGUUGUAUGGAAAAUGUUAAUACACCAUCUUUGUUUA